AUGGAAAAAGAAAAAAAACAAAGUAAAUGCAAUAUUCAUCCAAACUUAAAUAAUAAUUUUUUAUUAUUUGAAGAAGAUAAUAUUCACACUAAAAUUUGCUUUAAAUGUGCAAAAGAAUAAACUGAGUUUAAUGAUAAAAUUAUAGAUCAAGAUGAAUUUUUACAUGCAGAUUAAAAUUAUAUUUUCUCAGGCUUUCCUCCUUUAGAAGAUAAAAAAAUCUAUAAAAUUAUAUAAAAUUUAUAAAUUUAAAAAGAUAAUUCUAUUUAGGAGAUGUUUGUUGAAAAAAUUAAUGAUUAUUUCAUAAAUCUGAAAAAAUAAAUCAAUCAAAAAAUAGAUUUACUUCACAAUCAAGUUAAGCAAAAACUUAUUUAAAUGGAAGAUCUAGACAAGAAUUAAAGAGACACCUUUUUAGAUAUUUACAACGAAAUAUCAUCUAAGUUUGAUAUUUAAUAAUUGUUAAAAGAAUAGUAAUAAGAUUCUGAAUAACGCUUAAAAGAAAUAAUUCAAUAAAAAUACUAAAAUAUUAAGGAAAAUACUGAUAAAUUAUAAAAAAGGAUUGCAGAAUAUUCAAAUACCAUAACAAAAAUUGAUUUUAUAAUUCCAAAUUUAAUUUAAUAAAAAUUACUAAAUUUAAUUGAUGGAAUAGACUUUUUUAGUAAAGAUAUUGAUAAUGUAGAUUUUGAAAAAUCUAAAUCAUAUGGUUCUUCAUAAAAUUUAUAAAUAUAAAGAUUGUAAAAUGGAUAAAUCUAAAUAACUUAAUCAAUUGAUAAUCAUCAUGGUGUUUCAUAUGCAAAUUUUAUCUUGGAUCCAAACUAGAAGUAUUAUCAAAGAACAAGAUAAAGAUAAUAAAGAAUUAUAUAAUACAAUAUGUUAUAAUGAGAGAGGAAAUAAUAAUACAAUAACAAAGGUAGUAAAAGGAAAAAGUGUGUUUGAAGGAAGAAAACCAGAUAUCGAUAAAGAAAUAGAAGUGAGGAUCCACUUAGCAUAGAAAAUGAUCAAAGUAGCAAAUUAUCCAAAUUAUGAAAAUGUAGCAGAGUUAUAAAAUAAUUAGCUUAUUUUAGAAAACACAUAGUAUAGGUUUGCAGUUGAACUAUAUUAUUGUGUCCAUAAAAUAAUAAUAACUCAUAUUUAAGUUGUUGAUGAAUUUAAUCAAAAUAUGUGAGCUUAAUCAAAAAAAAAAAAUCUAAAUGCAUGUGGUAGUUCUAUAUAUAAUCCAUUUGAAUGGAAGCUAA